AUGGACAAAAGUGAACCUGCUUUAGUUCCACAAUGGUUGAGAAAUUCAGGAAGUGUUCCCAGUUCAGCCCACCAUUUUGCAUCUUCAUCUAAUCACACUGAUACUCAAACUGUAGCUCAUCACUCAAGGAAUAGGUCUUCUAAGACAACUAGUGAUUUUGAUAGUCCUCGUUCUGUGUUCCUUGAACGGUCAUUUUCGUCAAAUUCUCGGAGGGGCACUACCAAUGGCUCUGCAAAAAAUGCCUAUAGUAGUUUCAACAGAAAUCAUCGUGAUAAAGACCGCGAUAGAGAUAAAGAUAGAUCCAACUGUUUAGACCACUGGGAUCGUAAAUGUUCUGAACCAUUGGCUGACCUCUUCUCAGUAAGGUCAGAGAGGGAUCCUCUGCGGCGCUCUCAUUCAUUGGUCUCUAGGAAGCAGAACGAGCUUUCUAACCACAGAGGGGCUGUAGAUACUAAAUCUGGUGGCAACUGCAACCAGAGCAAUGGCAGUGAUGCACUUUCUGGUGGUAGUAUCAGUAGCAGUUAUCACAAAGCUGUUUUUGAUAAAGAUUUUCCAUCACUCGGUGGAGAUGAAAGACCUGGGUCAGCCGAAAUAGGCAGAGUCAAAUCUCCUGGUUUGGGCGGUACUGCUAGUCAAUCUCUACCUGUUGGUAGUUCACCUAUGAUUGGCGGAGACUCGUGGACUUCUGCACUAGUAGAAGUACCUUCUAUGAUGGGAAACAGUAGUACCGGGUCUCAAACAGCACAACAAAUUGUUACUCCAAUCUCUGGGUCUGUAGUUUCAAGUACAUCAGCAGGUCUUAACAUGGCUGAAGCUUUGGUGCAGACUCCAUAUCGAGCUCAGUCAACUCCCCAGGUUUCGGUCAAAACCCAGAGGCUUGAAGAACUUGCUCUUAAGCAGUCAAGACAGUUGAUUCCAGUGACACCAUCCUUGCCUAAGGCUUUGGUUAAUAACUCUGAAAAAUCAAAACCGAAGACAGCACUCAGAAAUGCUGAUAUGAAUAUGGCUGCCAAGAGUGUGCCACAACAACCUUCUGCAUUGCAUAUUGUUAAUCAUUCUGUCCGCAAUGGAAAUGCCAAAGGUGAUGCUCCAAAGACAUCUGGGAAGUUUACUGAUCUUAAGUCUGUUGUGUGGGAAAAUGGUGUUUCUGCAACGGCAAAGGAAGCUUCAGCUCCAACAAGUUAUUCUAACCACAAACCCGGAAAUCAUCUGGCUGUUGCUUCAGCUGUUACUUCUGCACCUUUGAGGAACCCCAAUAGCCUUAAGUCCCCCACAGAGCGGAGGCCAGCUUCUUUGGAUCUUAAAGUAGGUUCCACAACAGAUAAGAAACAGUCAGCUUCUCAACAACAGAGCAGAUAUGAUUUCUUCAAUCUCCUUAAGAAGAAUACUCUGAACUCAGCAGUUCUUCCUGAUUCUAGCCCUGUUGUUUCCCCUGCCACGGCUGACAAAUCUGGUGAAGUUAAUAUGGAAGCAGUUGAACCCCCUGCAAUCCUUCAAGAUCUUGGUAAUAGUACUGAAGUGACUAGCAAUGGUAAUGCUCAUGUGGAGGAGGUUCACAGGCUUCCUGACAUCAGAUGGAAAGUUUCAACUUCUGCUGAGGAAGAAUUUGCAUUUCUUCGUUCUCUUGGUUGGGAGGAGGAGGACGAUUCUGGUGAGGAUGAAGGGCUCACAGAGGAGGAGAUCAAUAAUUUCUAUCAGGAUUGCUUGAAGUCGGACCCCACCACAUUAUUAAAGCUAUGCCCAGGUUUGCUGCCGAAGUUGUCCAAAUUUUUAGAAUCUUAUGCCACUAACAUGAAUGGAGCAUCUGCUGGAUCGAGUUCUUCUGACACUGGAUCUGAAGUUUGA